AUGACUUCUCAUAUUCCUCUGGCCUUGUCAAUUCUGGGUAGCCUGGCCAAUGCCUACCCACUAGUUUCAUCGAAACCUGCACCCGCUGCCGCACCGGCGCCUCCUCCCAACCCGCCUCCUAGCAUUGCACCGUCACAACAGCCACACAAUGCUACGUCGUCCGCUGGAUCAUUUCCCAUUGGCGCUUCAGCACCUCAGCCCUCUUCGAAUGCAAAUGGCCCUACGAAUUCAAAUGUCCCUGUGGGAGGGAAUACGACCACGAUCAAUCCCGUUGCUCUUUGUGAAUUCUGUGGGAUUCGGCCCAAACACUUUGACGGAACCAAGACACAUCCAUAUUGCAGCAAAACCUGCGCUAACAAGAAGCUGAAUUCGAUUCCAGGAGGAGCGAACACCGCUUUAGGGUCGAGCCCUGCGAACUGCAAGUUCUGUCAUAACCGACCCAAGUACUCAGACGGUACCAAGAUACAUGACUACUGCAGUAAAGCUUGUGCGAAGAAUGCGGCUGGACCGCAUCGUAAGGGCACUGGAGGCACGACAACUCCUACCGGACUUUGCCAAGCACCCGGAUGUCAAAACCCCCCGCAUACCGGACACGAUUAUUGCUCAAUGGCGCAUAAAACUCUGGGAGAGAAUUUAUGUCUUAUGUGUCUCCAGGCGCAGAAGAUGGCGAAUUCGCACUUCUGCAGCCAGACCUGCAUCGAUGAAGCGGAAAACAAAGGCCCGAUGAUUCUAGAAGUGCCUUCCGGACACGUAACCUUCAAGAGCGUGGCUGAACAGUUCAAGGCGUCCUGGAGGCACGUUGGAAGCACAUGCCCGCCUGUGCGGCGCAUAUACAAGAUCAUUUCUCCGCAAAGCUCUUUAGCUUCGUAUGACGCCUACAAGGCUGCAGUAGAAGCGAAGGGGCAAUUCGUCAACGCCGGUCGCUCUGAAGGCAACGAAAAUCGUCGGUGGCAUGGAACCCGCCGCGUGUGCAACCUCGGCGACAAGGGCCACACGCAGUUCUGCUCCUCACCCACCUGCUCCCUCUGCUGCAUUAUUCGAUCUUCCUAUGACAUCUCUCUUUGGGGAAAAAAGACCGGCUGGGGCAGAUUCGGCAAAGGAAUCUACACAUCGUCGACAUCUUCCAAAUCAAACGACUACUCGCAUAACGAUUGCAAGUCCCAUUUGAAGGCCAUCCUGCUCAACAAGGUCGUCGUGGGCAAAGGAUGUAAAAUGCUUCAGGAUAACACCAACCUGACCACACCGCCAGCUGGCUACGAUUCCGUGCUGGCAGAGAAGGGAGGAAGCCUCAACUACGACGAAUUGGUUGUGUAUUCUAACGAUGCAAUCCGUCCAUCCUUCCUGGUUAUGUACGAACCCUAG